AUGCCAACAUGCACUAGUAGAGUAAGACAAAGAACUGCAAUGUCUCUCACACAAUCAUCUCUUCACCCAAUCGUCUCUUCGUCCACUCGUCUCUUCAAUCUACUCGUCUCUAAACAACCAACACCCACACAAACACAAGUAAUUCAAUCGUCUCAAGAAGAUUUUCACUAG